GUUUCGUCCACAGCUCGGGUAGCACGCAUUCGUUUUGCGUAUGUGAGGUGCAUUUGGAACUAUCGGCGCAAAAUACUAGUUCGAUCGUUUUCCGCCUAUCUCCGGGGGUGACUUGAAUUGGUGGAUGUGCUGAAACCGUUGCAAAGGUUGGGAAAGUGCAAUUUGUCAGUUAGGACCAGACCAGAGUGUGAUCGAAGGUGGAACGGGCAAUUCUUGUGAAACUCACGUUGCAGGAUUUCAUCCAAGCGUUGUUCCUAAAAAGGUGAUAAUUAAUCAGAUAAACAGCGAACGAUGAAUAAUGAGAUCCAUUCGAAAAAUAUCAUGACCUGAAAGUGAAAAAACCCAAUAAACCGUGUAUGCUAAAAGUGUUGUGACUGAAAAAGCAAUUAGUCGAAGUGAUUUUAUUUCCCGUCCGUCGAAGUGGGAAACAGAAGCUGGUGACCAUGAAUAUUUCUCGAAGAUAUAAUCUUUAUUAUUGGUUGGUGAUUAUUUAUCUUGUAUCAACUCGGGUACAGUCGCAGGAUCUCGUGAAAGACAAAAAGUCGUCGGAUAAAAAAUUGCGGGUUUGCGUUGUCGAAGGAAGUGGCUUAUAUAAGAAGGGCGCCCAAAACUGCCCAAUCCUUGAAGCAAAGUCCAACCUCGAAUGUGUUUACGGACUAGACCGGCUUGACUGCCUGCGGAAAAUCCAAAAAGGAAAGGCACAUUUCACCGUUUUUUCACCGGAGGACUUGUUGGCCGCAAGAUGGGCGGGCGCUGAAAUACUGGUCACCAGUGAGCUUCGCUUCCAUAAUGAAUUUUUCGAAUAUGAAGUAGUAGCAGUUGUGGACAAUGAGGCUCACAUCAACACAGCAAGAGAACUAAAAGGAAGCAAGUUCUGCCACCCCGGCCACGGAAUACAGAACCACUGGACCGAAGUGCUGGCUGAUUAUUUUGAAACCAAGUUGGUGCCUCGUGAGUGUGAGGAAGAUUUAUCUCCCACGGAAUCUAGGAUAAAGGCUGCGGCUAACUUCUUCGGGCCUAGCUGCAAGGCCGGUCCUUGGGUAUCCGAUCCAGUAGAAGAUAGAGCUUUGAAAAAUAAAUAUCCAUCUUUGUGUCAGUUAUGCUACAAUCCUUAUCAAUGUGGCAUUGGCGAUAAACAUUGGGGUCGUCGUGGACCAUUGUAUUGCUUGACUAGUGGGGCUGGAGAAGUCGCGUGGGUUCGACUAGAUGACGUGAAAAGUCACUUUGGUUUUGGAGGACUUCCUGCAGAAGCAGAUCCUGCUGGGUUUAGCUUCCUUUGUCCAGACGGACAUCUGCAACCUUUAGAUACCCGAAGGCCAUGCGUCUGGCUAGCUAAACCAUGGCCAGCUGUAGCAGCGCAAAGCAAUGUUGCCAUGAGAGUGCAGGAUAUCGUAGCAGGUCUCAGUCAUGAUGAUACAAGCAGCUGGCAGAAUGCUUUGCUUAUGAUAUUGGAAACAUAUCACGUGAACGUCACUACAUUGGAUAAUACCAUUCCGGUGGAUGAUUACCUGGAUCAGGCGGUCGGUUUUCAAGAUGCGUACAGUUUUCCAUCGUGUAAUCCUCCUAGAUCAAUCCUGUUUUGCACCACGUCCUUGAUAGAGCUAGCAAAAUGCUCUUGGAUGCAAGAGGUGGCUUCAGUGUAUGGCGUAGAACCCAACAUACAGUGUAUGCGAGCGGAUACACUGGAUAAGUGCCUCAAAAAUGUACAAUAUAAGGUUGCAGAUGUGGUUGUUGUUGAUCAAGAUACGCGGCUGAGAGCGGAACGCGAUUACAAACUCAAACCCAUCCUUUACGAAUACUCAUCUACAUUGGAAGAUAAGUACGUUGUGGUUGCAGUAAUUCGAGCUGGAUCGAAAAUCAAGACUGGAUUCGAUUUACGUGGAAAGAAAGCUUGUUUCCCUAGCUACCAAGGAGCGGCGUAUUUGUCGGUGUUUGAGUCACUGAUGAAUCAUACAAAUCUCAUCGACGAAUGUACCGAUGUAUCGGAAUAUUUUUCACCAAAGUCGUGCAACUGGGUUGCAGAUUCAACAUGCACGCACAAUUUCAAUGGAGACGAAGGAGCAUUGCGGUGUCUGCUGGAAGGAAAUGGAGAUGUAGCGUUUUUGAGCUAUGAAACUUUCAAGAAAUUUAAAGGAAAUGAAUUCCAAUGGGCGCACAAGCACACUCCUGCGGACUUCAGCCUGUUUUGCCCAUUCAACAAACCUAUAAAAUCGAAAGCAGUUUGCUACUUGAAUUGGGUAUCCCGUGGUCACAUCAUGAUUAGCGAUUCGGCAUCCGUGCUGCGUGAAAAGGAAAUAUACAAUUCGCUGAGGGAAAUUGACCGACUUUUGGGCAAAAAGCAUCGAGUUACAUCCGUCCCCUUCACACUGUACGGCGAGUUUGAUCACAGAAGUAAUGUUAUUUAUAGGGACGGAACCGAAUCCCUUCGAGGCCAGAUGGAGAUGUACCGAGACAGGAACGCCGGGCUCCUUGAUGCGAUAUACUCAAGGAUAGCGUAUAAAAACUGCACUCACAAUCAUGCCAAUCGCACAGUGAUGGGGUCGUCGCAAGUCCUAGUGCUCAAUGCCAUAUUGAUUUUUAUUUAUUCCUCGUUUUACCUGAUGUGAUCUCUUCAGUGACUGAAUAACUUUUCAUUGUUAGUGGAAAACCAAUUUGUGAUAUUAUUUAUAUUUAAAACACCACAAUAAAAGCAUUUUACGACCGUCUACGUUCAUUCACUAA